AUGAAUGUAAUCGGGGGAACCUCAGAUGAAAUUGUGAAAGCUUUGAGACCAGGAGAUGACCCUUCUAGCUCUGAUAAAAGAGAUUUAGCCAACGAGAUUAAUAAUGCCUUUUUGGCUCCUAUGGCUAGAUAUGUGCCGUUAUCCUCAGUACCUCGUCAACAUCUCAUCCAACCUGCACAAAGUGAUACAGUAAUUACUGUAACAUCGAAUGCUGUUUUCGAAAACCUUCUCAAACUUAAUCCCAAAAAAGCUCAUGGUCCGGAUGGCAUACCGUCGUGGUUCCUAAAAGAAAACGCAGAUCUAUUAGCUGGUCCGAUAGCGGCCAUCUUGAACUGUUCAUAUCGGGAAUGUACCCUACCGCCAGUUUGGAAGAAGGCGGACGUAGUUCCAAUACCGAAAGAAAAGCCCAUCCAGGAUAUCAAUCGUCAGUUACGCCCUAUUUCACUUACACCUAUUCUAUCGAAACUCGCAGAAGAAUUUGUUGUAAUGAUUUAUGUGAAGCCAGCAGUGAUGGAAUUGAUCGAUAGUAAACAAUUUGGGACGGUGCCGGAUAGUUCUACGACAUAUGCUCUUAUAAGCAUGCUACACACUUGGAAUAAGGAUACGGAUGGUAACGGUUCAACAACUCGAGUUAUGACGUUUGACUUCCGUAAAGCAUUUGAUUUAAUAGACCACAAUAUUUUAUCGGAGAAGUUAACAAAGUAUAACAUACCGAGGUCUGUCAUGCUUUGGAUCUUAGACUUUCUGACUGACCGAGAACAGAGGGUAAAACUCAGCCAAGAUUGCCAUUCCGAAUGGGGCAAGGUCCCAGCCGGCGUUCCCCAAGGCACAAAGCUCGGCCCAUGGUUAUUUUGUAUUAUGAUUAAUGAUCUAAGCGUUAAGGACGUUAAUGAUUUAUGGAAAUAUGUUGACGACUCAUCCUUGUCGGAAUCAGUUUGUAGAGAUGGUCCAAUAAACUUACAAAAGUACGUAGAUGAAUUUAACCAGAAAUCAACAGCUAACGGUUUUCAGAUAAACGAAUCAAAAUGCAAAGAGUUGGGUAUAAGCUUUGCACCAAGCAUACGUGAGUUCCAGCCAAUUACUAUUAAUGGGAAAAUUAUCGAACGUGUAACAUCGGUAAAAUUGCUGGGUCUAACCAUCUCAAAUAACUUGAAGUGGAAUAGUCAUAUUUCACACGUUUGUAAAAAGGUCGCACCUCGUCUAUAUUUUUUAAGACAACUAAAACGAGCGAAAUUACCAGCUAACGACCUAAUCCUUUUCUACUCCAUCUGUAUUCGACCAGUCAUCGAGUAUGCGUGCCAAGCAUUUCACGACUCAUUACCCAAAUAUCUGUCUGAUGAUCUUGAAAGACUUCAGAAACGAGCAUUUCGAAUAAUAUUCCCAGAUCAACACUACAAAGAAGCAUUGAGGAACACGAACAUCCCAUCACUGUACGAUAGAAGACAGGAAUUACCAACAAAACUUUUUAAGGACGUAGUCAAUAAUUCUGAGCACAAAUUAACGGAUUUGUUACCGCCAUUAAAUAAUGACAAUAGUCAUUUUUUGCGUAAAAAUAGGAAAUUUAACGUGCCACUUCAUAAAACGAACAGAUUUAGGAACAGUUUUAUCACUUAUAACUCUAAUAAGUUUUUUGAAUAACUUAGAAACUGUUUUUACCGCGAAUAUGCUGGUUUUUAACCUAAUCUAAAUUAGCAUUAGUGAGUGUUUUAGUAACAAAUUAUAAGUCUGCGCAUACAGUAUAUAUACGUGAAUGUGUAUUUUUAAGUAUUUAGUCUAAUCUUAUUCGUUUUCUUAAACAAAUACAUGUAAAAUUAGUUUUAAUAUCCUUGUAAACCUAACAUAUUUCAGCAGUGGAAUUAGUUAUAUUCUGGAGCUGUAAGUUUUAGUGUCAAAUAAACUUUCAAACUAGAACCUACGUCAAUCAAAAUAUACCCAUACAACUCUACAGUUCCUCUACCCAUUACCGGCAAGUUUGAAGUUCAAUUUUGUAAUGGUACAAAAACUACAUCUGCAACAUUUCAUGUUGUUGAAGGAAAUUCUGGGUCAUUGUUGGGAUAUGAGACAGCAACAGAACUGGGACUUUUGCUUGUUAAUGUCAACCAAACAACAACCAUGCCUAGUUCUACAUCAAGCAACACGUCUGAUCUGGUCGCAAAGUUUCGGCACCUAUUUACUGGCAUUGGUAAACUGAAAGAUUAUAAACAAAAGCUACAUCUUGACCCCAGUAUACAACCGGUUGCCCAAAAACCUCGCCGAGUACCAUUUCACUUACGUAAGCAAGUAUUUGCCCGAAUUGAAGAAUUGGAAGCACUCGAUAUCAUAGAACGUGCAUCAGGUCCAACAUCGUGGGUAUCGCCUGUGGUUGCAACACCUAAACCCCACAACCCAUCUGAAGUUAGAGUAUGUGGUGAUUAUCGACAACCCAACCGAGCCAUAAUUCGAGAACGGCACCCUAUUUCAACCGUGGAAGAGCUCUUGGAGGACAUGACUGGUGCUUGUGUCUUUUCAAAAUUAGUUCUUCGCGCUAGCUACCAUCAAAUUGAAUUGGAAGAAGAAUCGAGAUCUGUUACCACCUUUUGCACACAUGAAGGCUUAUAUUGAUAUAAGCGACUACCCUUCGGCAUCUCCUCUGCGUCUGAAGUUUUUCAGAAUGUCUUGCAACAGUCACUUCAAGGUCUUCAUGGCGUUCGUAACAUAGCGGAUGACCUCAUAGUUUGGGGAAAAUCCCACGAAGAACAUGAUCGCAAUCUUGAAGCUUUGUUCCAGCGCCUAGAUGCCAAGGGCCUCACAUUGAAUGGUGAUAAAUGUGAAUACAACCAACCAAGUUUAUGGUUUUAUGGUUACAGUUUGUCCAAAGAUGGUCUAUCUGCUGAUCCCAAGAAAGUUGAGGCCAUAGUCAAAACGACAACUCCACAGAAUGUUGCUCAGCUCUGAAGUUUCCUUGGUCUAGCUAACCACUGCGCUCGUUUUAUCAAGGAUUUUGCCACUCUUUCAGCACCUCUGAACGAACUGACCAAGAAGUCAACAAAAUGGCAAUGGACUGUCAUCCACCAACAAGCAUUUGAGAAAAUUAAGACUGCAAUUGCAGAGGAUUGCAGCAUGGCUUUCUAUGAUCCUGCCAAAGAAACAACCCUGACUGUUGAUGCAAGUCCUGUCGGUCUUGGGGCCAUACUGUCUCAGAUACAAGAGGAUGGUACCAUACGCAACAUUUCAUAUGCAAGUCGCACCCUUACCCCCACUGAACGCCGCUACUCGCAGACAGAAAAAGAAGCCCUUGCAGUGGUAUGGGGCUGUGAACGCUUCCAUUUGUAUCUUGUAGGUAAAGAAUUUACCCUCUACACUGACCAUAAGCCACUUGAACUGAUUUAUAGCCCUAAAUCCAAACCACCACCACGCAUUGAGAGAUGACUUCUCCGAAUGCAGCAGUACCUGUACCAAGUGCAAUACCGACCAGGAUCGUCAAACCCUGGUGAUGUGUUGUCCCGUCAACCAACAGAAACCUGUGAAUGGUCUCCUAACACUGCGGACAAGUAUAUCAACUUUAUUGAGAGCCAUGCUGUCCCCAAAUCAAUGGCUCUAGAGGAGAUUGCUGCUGAGACAAGUACUGAUUCUGAGUUACAAGCUGUGAUCAAAGCAGUGCAGACAGGACACUGGUAUGAAAAAAAUGAUCCAAACUGCAGGUAUGUUACAGCUUAUCAUAAAUUAAAGGAUGAACUGUCUAUUACUAACAAUGGUAUACUUUUACAUACGUGACACUCGAAUUAUUAUUCCAAAGUCUCUUCAGAGUAGAACUUUGGCCAUUGCUCAUGAAGGGCACCAAGGUAUAGCAAAAACUAAAGCACUAUUACGCCUACGCCGUUAAUCAUGACUGAUAUACCAUCCAAACCAUGGAGCGUAGUAUACGCUGAUUUUUGUGGUCCAUUUCCCACAGGAGAAACUGUUCUAGUCGUUAUUGACGGUUACUCUCGCUAUGUGGAGGUAGAAAUAAUGAAACGUACGACCACUACAGCAGUUGUUUCGCGUCUCAAAAAAAAAUAUUCGCCAGACACGGUUACCCAGAUGAAUUGA